AUGGCUUGGCUCUUACCCCAGAGGGGGAAGCCUUUGUGUACUCAGAUAGCUAGUAGAGAGCGCGGAGUCUCUGCCAUCGUGUACAUGAGCGGAGACAGAACUUCGCUGACGCUCGAGAGUACGAUAUGCGCCUAUGUCUUGGCUCACGAGGGUGUAUUGGAGAAAGUGGACAUACGUCUCGUGCCUCAGCAUGAGGGAAAGGAGAGUCUCGCGAACCCAAAAGCUCCGGAUGUCACUCUUUGCGAAAAUCCCCCGCGGCAAAUUUCGGAGGUUGAGCUACCAGCUAUUUUAAUCAAGGACGAGCAGCGCGUCAUAUCCGGUCUCUGCGCUGUCAUCAGAUAUCUCCUGCUGCGCCAUGAGAGGACGGAGAUAUUGGGCUUCCGCGCUGCGUGCUUGGCAUCAUGUGCUCAGGUGUCCUUGUGGACGGCUUUCUGUGAACGCGACAUGCCCUCCACUGCCAUGUCGCUGAAAAACCGAGAUACGCUCAAUAUCGACCGCUUCCCGCAUGCAUUACUAGUUUUAGAGAAUCAGUUGAGACAGCCCGUCAGAACGCACAAUGAUAAACAUCUCAGGAGACUCCUGAACGUGGAGCAUUUGAGUCACAACUUUGUAGAAGGCAAUGUAAUGACGCUGGCAGACCUGGUCCUAUUCCUCCCUGUACAUCUCAUCCUGAAAAACUUGAGGCGGCGUUUCCAUUUCGCCGAAACAAUACCGAAUGUUUUGGAAUGGCAUCGGCGUAUGCUCAGUCUCCAGAACGCCGAAGCGGAGCUCGCCGCAUUCCUGAGUUUGGACCUCGGCUGCGACGAUUAUGUCUCCGAGACAUUGAACGUAGGGGAGCUACCCUUGCCGAAGGAGUGUCUUUACUCACGCAGUAAGCUCAACGUUAAAAUGUCAAUUAAGCACAAAGACGCCUCCGCUGCCCUUGAAUCUUUGAAGCAACGAUACGAAUCGGGCUUCGAUCUCCGUUCGCGGUUCACCGGGAAUAUCGAUUGGGACAAUCUUCCUCCGCCUGUUCGACCGGAGAGCGGAUCCUUACCGGAAGAUCGCAUCCGUCGAAAAAGAGAACAGAUUAGUAACGUGAUCAAUGCGGUUUCGCACAUAGCGCAAAACGGUGAGUCGAUGACCAUCGUCGACUUCUGCUCUGGGGGAGGGCACGUGGGCAUCGCGUUGGCCUAUUUGCUCCCGAAAUGUUCAAUAUAUCUGAUCGAGAACAAAAGCGAAUCAAUGUACAAAGCUCGCGAAAGAGUGCAGCUACUCAAGCUCCAGAAUGUUUGGUUCUAUCAGUGUAACUUGGAUCAAUUUCUCGGGAAGUUUGACUUAGGAGUGGCGCUGCAUGCUUGCGGUGGAGCCACGGAUCUUGUGAUAGAGAAGUGUUUACGAGCCAAUGCGUCGAUCGUAUCCGUCCCGUGCUGCUACGGCUCCAUCGGGAACAAGAAGAGCAAUCAUUCCGCACUGAGCACCGUCCUGGAUGAGAAUGACGAUCUAUCGUACGAGGAGCUUUGUCGUCUCGCCGACCGCAACGAGAAUCCUGAAGGCGUUUUCUGUAUGGAAUGUGUCGACACCGAUCGAGCUCUCCACCUACGAGAAGCGGGAUAUGGAAUCGAGCUGACGAAACUGAUUCCGCCGUCCUGCACCCCGAAAAACAAUAUUAUCGUGGCUUCACGCACAAGGUACAAGAUCAGUGGUCGGAGCGAGGAGUGA